UCAGACAGAUCAGGACCACCACCAACAGACACACACACACAAAUAAUAUAUCAUCAUCUUCUGCUUUUUGUCCUCUUCAAUCUUCUUUAAUUUCACAAAUGUACUGAUUAUAAUCAGUAGCUAUUUUUAUUUUCAGAAAUUGAGAUGAACUUCACUUCUACUCCAUCUCAUCAUGAUUUGGCCUCUACCAAUAUGAAGAUGAUGACGAUGGAGAAGCAUCAGAAACAGACUGAUCAUGUUGUAUCAGUCAACCACGGCGGUCAUGAAGACGACGGCGAUGAUGAUGGAGAUCCAUCUCUCAGCUUAAGAAACCUCUCCAAGAUUAUUCUCCCUCCCCUCGGUGUCUCCAGCUAUAACCAGAAUCAAAUUAAGUCCAAAGGCUGGAUCAUCUCACCAAUGGAUUCAAGAUACAGGUGUUGGGAGUCAUUUAUGGUGGUGCUGGUGGCCUAUUCAGCUUGGGUAUAUCCCUUUGAAGCAGCAUUUCUGAAUUCAUUUCCAAACAAAUCCAAGCUCUACAUUGUAGACAACAUUGUUGAUCUGUUUUUUGCCAUUGACAUCGUCUUGACUUUUUUUCUCGCUUACAUCGAUUCUAGAACCCACUUGCUAGUUCGAGAUCGGAGAAAGAUUGCUAUUAGGUACCUUUCGACAUGGUUCUUAAUGGACGUAGCAUCAACCAUUCCAUUUGAGGCAUUAGGCUACCUUUUUACGGGUCAAACCAAAGCCGGCCUCUCUUAUUUCCUGCUCGGAUUGCUCAGGUUCUGGCGACUCCGACGUGUUAAGCAACUCUUCACCAGGCUAGAGAAGGACAUUAGAUUCAGUUAUUUCUGGGUCCGAUGUGCUAGACUUUUAUCUAGAAAUAGCGUAGAGUCGGCCUCCAACUUUGUGCAUAGAAAUCGGUUGCCAACAAGGCUAAAAGAUCAGAUCUUGGCUUACAUGUGCCUAAGAUUUAAAGCAGAGAGCUUGAACCAGCAACAACUCAUUGAACAGCUUCCCAAAUCAAUAUGCAAAAGCAUUUGCCAGCAUCUCUUUCUGCCUACAGUUGAGAAAGUCUAUCUCUUCAACUGUGUCUCAAGGGAAAUACUCUUGCUCCUGGUGGCAAAGAUGAAGGCAGAGUACAUACCCCCGAGAGAGGAUGUAAUUAUGCAAAAUGAACCGCCAGACGAUGUCUAUAUAAUCGUGUCUGGGGAGGUAGAAAUAAUCGAUAGUGAGAUGGAGAAAGAUAGAGUUGUGGGUAGCUUGCAUACUGGAGACAUGUUUGGAGAAGUAGGAGCACUUUGUUGCAGACCUCAGUCCCACACAUUCCGGACCAAGAUGCUUUCACAACUCUUACGACUCAAAACAAGUGCUCUCUUGGAGGCAAUUCAGACCAAACAAGAUGACAAUAUUGCUAUGAUCAACAACUUCCUUCAGCAUCAUAAGAAGCUCAAGGAUCUUAAGUUGAAAGAUUUAGGAGUAGAUAAAAAUGCGGAAGAAGACAUUGACCCAAAUACUGCCUUCAAUUUGCUUACGGUUGCUGGUACAGGCAAUGCUGCUAUUCUUGAUGAUCUUCUAAAGGCUAAGUGGGAUCCUGACAUAGGAGACUCUCAAGGAAGGACUGCAUUGCACGAAGCAGCAUCAAAAGGGCAUGAAGAAUGUGUCUUGGUGCUCCUUAAGCAUGCCUGUAAUGUGCAUUUACGAGAUAUGAAGGGCAACACUGCGUUAUGGGAUGCAAUAUCAUGGAAGCACCAUGCUAUAUUCAGGAUCCUGUAUCACUGUACAGCUAUUUCUGAUCCUUACACAGCCGGUGAUCUCCUAUGCAUGGCUGCAAAGAGAAAUGACUUGGCGGUGAUGAGAGAACUGUUGAAACAAGGAUUGAAUGUUGAUGCCAAAGAUCGACGUGGAUUGACAGCGUAUCAGAUUGCAUUGACGGAUAAUAACGUUGACAUGAUCAACUUACUUGUGAUGAAUGGUGCUGAUGUAGUUGGCUUUGAUUUUCACUCUGUAACACUCAGCGAAAAGAGGGAGGCUGAAAUGGUUUCCGAAAAGGAUGAUAAUGAUGAUGAUGAGAAAAGAAGCAAUGGAUUAGAUUGUGCAAGAAUCAGCAUUUAUAGAGGCCAUCCAUUGAUCAGGAAAAGCAAUUCUUGCAAACAAUCUGCAGGAAAGCUAAUUAAGUUGCCUAAUUCAAUUGAGGAACUCAAGGAAAUUGCAGGAGAAAAGUUUGGAUUUGAUGCAAAAAAUACGACGGUGACAAAUGAAGAAGGAGCAGAAAUUGAUUCCACUGAAGUAAUAAGAGAUAACGAUAAGCUCUUUAUAGUGGAAGAACAAGAAUUUAACAGUGUAAUUCAUUGACUUUUCUUAGCAGUAUUUGGAAACCCUUUGGCUGUACUUUUUGCCCAAGAUGAAGUUUAUUCCAUACGUGUAUGUGUGUGUGUGUAUAUAUACACACACGUUAUGAUCAAGUUUAGAAUAUAGAGAUCUUUAUUUAGUAGGACAUAUUGAGUAGAGAAUAUUCCAGCAAUUCUCUGUUAUACAUUUUCCUUAUUUUCUGUAACGAAAGGGGAUGCCUUUCACAAAUUUAUGGAUAUCUAUGAUUAUCUCUCACUAUGUAAAAUGGACUUUAUAUA